ACCGUAAUACGGUCAUACUACUGCUGUAAAAUGGCCGAUGUGGAUGUUUUUAUAAGUAAUUACACUCUCGUGGAUCCCGAGAUAUACCAACUAUGGAUCGAAGGCUUCUCCUCCAGCGAGGCGGUUUCCUACCUGAAGCAGAAAGGCUUUGGCCACUCAAUGGGUGCUCCCAGCGAUCUGAUAGCUUCCGACGUGCUGGACCACUACCGCACCUACUCCUUGAUUGAGCUUUACCUCAACGCACCCACCAAACUGAUGGAGCAGUCCUGCUUCCAGCUGGAGCCGCAUGUUCGCGAUCUAAUCACCGAGAAGUACUAUUCGAUCGACGAUGUGGUGGCACGGGAGAUUCUUGGCAAGAAGCUGUCCUCCCGCUAUCGCAAGGACCUGGACGAAGUGGCUGAGAAGACGUGCGUCAAGCUGAAAUCUGUUCGGCGACAGUUCGACAACGUAAAACGCAUAUUUAAGUCCGUGGAAGAGAUGCCUGGUACGCUGACAAACAACAUAAAGCAGCAUUUCAUAAUUUCGAACGACCUGGCCAAAAAGUAUGCCUGCAUUGUCUUCCUGGCCUGUCUGCGUUUUGAGACCACGAAAAAGAAGCUGCAAUAUCUGAGUUUCAGCGACCUGUUAACCUGCUCCCAUGCCAUUAUGAUCUACUGGACGUACACCUACCAGCACACGGGCCCCGAAUACUAUGACACUGAAAUGGACAAGGAGUUCCUUUUGGAUUUGCGAGAACUGCGUUGCCUCCUCGACAAGGAAAAGGAAAUUAAGCAUCUCGUCUGCCUGCGCCUGAAACCCGUGCUACUGGAACGUGCCUUUCAUGAACUGGAUGGCAACUUUCGCUCGUACUGGCGUGCUUUAAUUACAAUUGCCUGUAAUUUGCACCGCAAUCGUGAACUUCGCGAUCUAUUCGUGGAUCUCUGUGAGAAACUAAUCGAUCCUUGGCGGCAGAAUGGUUGGAAUCGAGAACAGGUGAACAAGUUUUUAGCCUCCAUAACGCAGAGCGUGUUAGAUCUGGAAAUAUCUAGGGACCAAGAAACUCGAUGUCUUUGGGAUCGUUAUAUGCAAGUUAUAACCAUAUGCUUGGAUAAAAUGUAUCACAUUUAGGAAAUAGUUCAUUUGUGUAUUUAUUAGUUGUGUUUGUUUGACGUUAAGUAUGUUAUUUAGCACUAAGGCAUAAAUGAUUUUGUGUAAAUAUCAAAUGUAGAAAAGGCAGUUUAAAAUAAAAUUC